AUGAGCGACUUUCACGCCGCCGGGAAUGGCAUCAGUGGUGGCUACCAGGGAAAUGACCUGGGCAUGAAGAUCACAAUUGCGACUCUUGCUGGCGUCACCUGGUAUAAUGCCUUCGAGCUAAUGAUCCUCCUGUUCGUUACCUUCUCUGAAUACCGAGGCCUCUAUUUUUGGAGUUUGUUCGUUUCGUCCUCGGCCGGUCUACUUCCAUAUUCGCUGGGCUUCUUGCUCAAAUUCUUCAACAUCACCGGCGACCAAACAUGGCUGCCUGUCACUUUGCUCACAAUUGGAUGGUGGUGCAUGGUCACGGGCCAGUCUAUUGUACUAUACUCGCGCCUACACUUGGUCCUUUCCAACCAACGAGUUUUGCGCCGUGUGUUGAUCAUGAUUGUGAUUGACGCGGUCAUUCUCCAUCUCCCGACUACCGUUCUCACCUAUGGCACAAACCUAGUCGAUGAUGCCUCCUUGGAUUCUUGGAAAAAGGGCUAUAACAUCAUGGAAAAGAUCCAGAUGACAGGCUUCUGCUUACAAGAAUUCAUCAUCUCCGGGUUAUACAUUUGGGAGACGGUACGUAUGUUACGCUUAGACCCGGAUCGCACCAAGCGCAAGAUCCAAUACCAACUGCUGGUCAUCAAUUUCAUUAUCAUCAUCUUGGACUUGGGGCUACUCGUUGCCGAGUACAUGAACUUCUACAUCAUGGAAACCAUGCUCAAGGGCGCUGUAUACAGCAUCAAGUUGAAACUCGAGUUUGCCGUCCUUGGUAAACUCAUCCAUCUGGUACACAAUCAUGUCUGGAAACCCGAGUCCUUCGCAACGCCCCACGACCUCCCUGAUUUUGUCGACGCAACCCGCGUCACCUCCGAUAUGACCCAUGCCGAUCCCAGUGUGACUCAGCGUGGACCUUCCUGGAUGGACGCCGACGACAUCUCCAUCGCUAUGUUCGAACACUUACCGCCCGACCACAUACGCCACAACUCCGAUCUAUCCAGCGCUCCCAGCAGUGAGGCCCGCACACAUCAUGUGAACCAGCUCCCAAUCGACUUCACCAAUCCUUUUGGUCACUAUCCACGUCAUCCGGAUCGCGCUCCGAAAAUGCCCGAGAAACCGGGAUGA